UUCCCUUUUUGCCCCCCUCUCCUGCCCUCCUGGACAUCUGGACUUUUGUCACUCAUUGAGCUUGCUCUUCAUUGCUCUUUCUUUCCUUCUCACGGUUCAUAUUCGUCCAAGUCCCAUUUCCAAUUCUACAACACAAUUUCUUUUGUUUUCCCCUGAACUACACACUACCCCGCCAUGGCCCCUCCAAAGGUCUUCUCCCUCGAGGGCAAGGGUCUCAAGCUCGACACCGCGGAGGACAUUGAUGCCCACAUCAAACCUCUUGUUGAGUUUACCGACUACACCGAGAUCCGCUUUGGCGGUAACACCCUGGGUGUUGGUGCAUCGGAGCGCCUCGCCACCGUCCUCGCGACCCAAAAGAGCCUCGAAGUUGCCGAGCUCGCCGAUAUCUUCACCUCGCGCCUCCUGUCCGAGAUCCCUCCCGCUUUGAAGUCGCUUCUGGACGCUCUUCUCGAGAUCCCCUCCGUUCACACCGUCAACUUGUCCGACAAUGCUUUCGGUCUCAACACGCAGGCGCCCCUCGUCGAUUUCCUUUCCCGUCACGUCCCCCUCCGCCACCUUAUCCUGAACAACAACGGUCUCGGCCCCGCCGCUGGUACCCUGAUCGCCGAUGCUCUGAGCAAGCUUGCCGAGCGCAAGGAGGAGGCUCGCAAGGAGGGCAAGGAGGUCGCUAUGUUGGAAAGCAUCGUCUGCGGACGUAACCGCCUGGAGAAUGGUAGUAUGGAGGCGUGGGCACGUGCUUACGAGAAGCAUGCUGCUGGCAUGAAAUCCGUCAAGAUGACUCAAAACGGUAUUCGCCAGGAGGGUACCUCGUAUCUGCUCAAGAACGGCCUGCGCCAUUGCAGCGCCCUGGAAGUUUUGGAUCUGCAGGACAACACUUUCACCGUGGUGGGAUCCACUGCGUUGGCUAGCGUUCUGGAGGGUUGGCCUGCUUUGAUUGAGCUGGGUGUUGGUGACUGCCUGCUCUCUGCCCGUGGUGGUGUCAAGGUUGCCAAGGCUCUGGCCGCCAACAAGAACCCCGAGCUUCAGACUCUGCGUCUGCAAUACAACGAGAUCAAGGCCGACGGUGUCAAGGCUCUGACCCACGCUGCCAAGACUGCUCUCCCCAGCCUGCGCCGCGUGGAACUGAACGGCAACAUCUUCUCGGAUGAGGAUACCAACAUUGCUGACCUGCGUGAGCUUUUGGAGGCCCGUCAGGAGGAGCACGGUACCGAUGAGGACCCCGAGGACAGCUGGGGUGUGGAUGAGCUGGAUGAGCUCGAGGAGGAGGGUUCUGAAGAGGAGGAGAGUGAGGAGGAGGAGGAGGAAGUCGAGGCCAAGGCUGAGAAGGUGCUCGAGGAUGCCGAUCGUGCUGAGCAAGAGCCGGUGGCUCAGAAGGCCGACAAGGAUGUUGAUGAGCUGGCCGAAGCUCUAGGCAAGACUGGUCUGUAGAUCUGCUUGGACCACUGAACUGCCCUUGAUUUUUCUUUUUUCCCCAUGAGAGAUGGAGUUUGGUGUCGUCGAUUGUCUCUGCGUCUUGGGGUGUCACUACCAGCGUCCUGCACCGCUCCGAUCUGCUUUGGAUGAAGCGGUUUUCGUCGGUUUCCAGGCUCAUCACCCCUCAACGGGAUGAGGUUCUGAUUGACGACCCGGCGCCAUCUCUCCAAAACUUUCCCCUUACUUCAUAUACCCUGUUGAUGAUGAUGACUGCACAUAAUCCCCAUUGAUAUCACCCUUACCAUAUGCAUAGCCCUUCUGAGCUCUGGUGUCUAGGCAGGAUAGAGGAACAAAAGGUUCUCCAUAUAGAUAUGAAUACAACCCCGAGCCUCGCCUGGCGACCAUCUCUUUCUUGAAUAUUACCAUUUGCUUAGUAUUAUUUCUCCG